AUGGCCCCCUCCAAUUACAGCGAUCAUUUUUCGAUCAAGAACCUUCCAUAUGGCGUCGCCUCGUCUCCCGCGCGAGCUGACCCGCAAUGCGUGACUCGGCUCAACAACACCGUAAUCUUCCUAGAUGACCUCCAGAGAAACGCAGUGUUCAACUCGGUCUCCGAGCUCCCUUCUGGAAUCUUCAAAUCGUCCACCUUGAAUGACUUUGCUGCCCUCCCCAAGCCAAUCCACACGCAAGUGCGUCACGCCCUGCAACUGGUACUACAGAAUGGAGUGGAAGAACUCCCCACAGGAAGCACUGCAGACAUCAGCAAGGUCCAAUUGCAUCUCCCUGUCACAAUCCCAGCUUAUACCGACUUCUGCAGCAGCAAGGCCCACAACAUCAAUGCCGGACGAGCGAUCCUCGGCCACGAGAGCCUGCCGCCGUGUUUCUACCAUAUCCCCAUUGCCUACAACGGCCGUGCCAGCACGAUAUCCGUUUCUGGGACCCCAGUUUACCGGCCCCGGGGCCACUUCGUCGACAGGAACGUAACGACCCACAAAGAAGUCAUCUACGCGCCAACACGCGCCUUGGAUUAUGAACUCGAACUGGGCAUUGUGAUCGGUGCUCCGCUGCCGUUGGGCCAGAGGCUUACCGCCAAGGAUGCUGAGGCACACAUCUUCGGGCUUGUGCUCUUGAAUGACUGGAGUGCACGCGACAUCCAGGGCUUCGAAAUGAUCCCCCUCGGCCCACUGAACGGGAAGAACUUUACCUCGACCAUCUCCCCAUGGAUCGUCACACUGGAGGCGCUGGAAGCGUUCCGCACCGACGGCCCAGAGCCGCAGAGCGCAUCCAUCCCGCCGUAUCUGCAGGACUCAGGCGCCUAUAAUUAUGACAUCCAGCUGAAGGUCGAGUUGGAGACUGCUUCUGGGGCAAGGACGGUGCUGGGAGAGACCAAUGCGAAGGAGCUGUACUGGAGUCUCGGGCAGAUGUGCGCGCAUCUGACGAGCACGGGGUGUAAUCUGCAUACCGGGGAGAUUCUGGGCACUGGGACGGUCAGUGGGGCCGCUGAGGGGUCCUAUGGCUGUCUGCUGGAGGUGACCAAGGGAGGCAAGGCGAAGGCCAAGUUGACCGACGAUAGUGAGCGGACAUACCUGGUCGAUGGGGAUGUGGUGACGAUGACGGCCGUGGCGGGCGAAGGAGUUGGAUUUGGCGAGUGCACGGGGCAGAUUCUCCCUGCCAAGGAAGUUCAGGCUUAGAUUAGUGCUAUUGUACAGAAAACCAACUAGAUGAUCCUCGUUCCAGACAUUAGAUCCACCACGAAGAGAUGCAUGCGACGCAAGCACAUCAUACCCUUAUAACACAAGUAUCUGGGGAGAACGUCCGAACCCCCUUUCUUUCAACUCCCCAAUAAUCUCAAUCCUCAGUCCUAGCAGUAAUGUAACUAUCUGGGGGAGAACCCCCAGACCCCCCUUUCUUUCAACUCCCCAAUAACCUCAACUCGAAUCCAAUAGUAUAGUAUAACUAUCUGGGGGAGAACCCCCAGACCCCCCUUUCUUUUCAGCUCCCCAGUACCCUCAACCCCAAUUCCAACGACAUAGCACAACCACCAUCUACCUUAGGUAUCCACCUUAAUCCUCCCACAAAGCACCACAUCCUCCCCAAAAGGAUACCACUUGACCCCCGUCAACCGCGACGCCGGCACAGCCACCCCACCGUCCCCCACCC